GCCACAAAUGCUGCAGAUCCGACGGAGUGGAAGCAGAAAAGGCCCUGGCGUCCCCUCGGGAAAGAAUGAGGUCAGGAGUCGGUCUUGCACGCAGCGUAGAGCGACGAGACUACACCUACCUGAUCACAGACGUUCCACACCAGCUCAGCAACGGUCGUCCACGCCGCUCGCUGUUUCCCCACAGCCAACGUCGAAAACACCCUCGUGCCGGCGCGCAGUGCACCGCGCCUGCGCAUAGUCUCCAGCGAAAGAGCAAGGGUCUGCCAGUGCGCAUGCUCCGCUCUCGACCUCCUACCCGCACACUUUGAACGCCGCGCCUGAGGCCAGCUGGCACAUGCGCAUGCGUGUCUCUGGUGCCUGCUCUCCCCACCAAAGCAAGAAGCGGCGGGUACUUGAAGCGGAGUGAGCCGGAAGUCGCUUUGCCUGCCCACUUCCACGCUGUACCGGCGGAAAUUCAAGCACUGGAAGAGAGGUUCCGGGGCUGGGCUGGCCUGACUGAAGGCGGCGGAAUGGAGACGCGGACCGAGGACGGGGGCCUCACCCGCCGCCCCACGCUGGCCUCUUCUUGGGAUGUUGCAGGCGGGGCCCUGACCCACAGCCUCCUCCUCACCCGGGCCGGUCUCGGCCCCGGUGACUUCGACUGGGAGGAGCUGCUGGCACCGCCUGCUCCAGGUCAGGAUCUGGUGAUUUUGAAGAGAAACCUCAACAACAAAGAUGAAAACCCCUGCUUCCUUUACCUGAGGUGUGGCCCUGAUGGAGGUGAAGAAAUCGCUUCUAUUGGCAUUUUAAGUUCAGCAAGAAAUAUGGAAGUGUACUUAGGAGAGGAGUACUGUGGAACCAGUAGGGGCAAGAAUGUUUGUACUGUCCUGGAUGACAGUGAACAUGAAAAGAUCAUUUUGUAUAAAAAAAAUCUAAAAUUGGAGUCCUCCACACAUGCUUGUAAAAUAAAGUUGCUCUCCUUUGGCGAAAGGCAGCGUGUGUUCAUCAGUAAAGUUGUGGUACACAUGAGAUCAGUUUUUGCAAAUUCUUCAACAAGCUCUCCUGCUCUAGGAUCAAGGAUAGACCUUGACAAGGUCCAAACCAUAAUGGAGUCCAUGGGGUCAAAGUUAUCUCCUGGAGCUCAGCAGUUGAUGGAUAUGGUUAGGUUUCAGCAGCGGAAUUGUAUUCCCAUUGGAGAGCAGCUUCAGUCGGUGUUGGGCAAUUCUGGAUACAAGCAUAUGAUUGGACUACAAUCCUCAUCUACCUUAGGAAACUUAGACAAGCCAUCCUCCACACCUUUUCCUUUUAGAACUGGAUUGACAUCUGGGAACGUGACUGAAAACUUACAAACUUACAUUGAUAAAAGUACACAACUGCCUGGUGGAGAGAAUUCUACCAAGCUUGAUGAGUGUAAAAUUAUGCCUCAAAACCAUUCCUUUCUUGAAAAUGAUCUUAAAAAUGCAAUGGCCUCUUUCUUACCAAAGAAAGCAAGUGACAACUCAAAUAUACCCAACUCUGAGUUGCUGCCUUUUCUCCAGAAUUUAUGUAGUCAAGUUAAUCAUCUCCAUGUGGGAAAUAAGACCGAGUAUCAGGAAAACAUCACCAAGCAUGAUGAACGCAUUCUUGGUGUUGGAAUGGAAGAGCAAUCUAUUUGCUCCUACUUGGAAAAGAUUCUUUCUAAAAAUAUGGAACUGAUGGAAAAGAAACUUAUGGAUUACAUUGAUCAGCGAAUACAUGAACUCCAGGAGCACAUUGAUGAUAAGAUUGCUUUGUUAAUGGAUUUGCUGCAAAAUCCUAACUCCCCACCCACUGGGAUACCUCUAAGACAUUAUGACUCUGGAGAAAGACUUUCAAAUGGAGAAAGAUAAGCUCUCAACAUAAACAGUGUACUGCAGAUAUUUAUUACAUAUUUAUUACAAAGCCAAAACCCAAAAAUAUUUAUAAAAAGCAAGUAUUUAAUGUCCUUUGAGGGAUCGUUGUCUUACACAAAGUGACCUCAGUUUUCGUUUUUACUACACUUGUUAUUUUAAAUCCAGUACUGUACACUGAGUUAAUAUGAUACAGUCAAAUUAUUUUUGCUCACGAUAUUUUUCAGUCUUACAGAAAUGUAUGUAUACUUGUGUUAAGAGUUUAAAAUGCUUGAGGGUUUCUAAUACAGUUCAUUAGUUUGUAUUGUAUAUGUGUUUAAGUAUAAUUUUUAUUUAUACAAAGAUCUUAUAGUCUUAGAAGUAUGAAAAAUAAUGCUUAAGAGUAUUUGAUUUUUUUUCUUUUUCUAAUUAUCUUGGAAAAUUGGAUACUUAAGACUUGGAGCCUUUACUUCAGAUUACCAAUUUACAUUUUGUAUUGCUUGUGUGAGAUAAUGAAUAAGUUGUGAUAUUUGGCAUGUGUAAACUUAGUUCACUCUGGGGUUGUUAAUAUUAUUUGUUUCAUUACAGAGUAGCUGUAGGUAGGAAAGUAAACAUCAGAACUAGCCUAGUCCUUGUUACGAUUAGUACUUUGGAUUUGAUUUUUCCUGUAAAACAGAUGCAGUCAUCUUGUUUGACCUCAGUAACCCCAGACAGUUUAAGAAAACCUCUCCUUUUGAGCUGAUACAGGUUUUCUCCCCAGAAUCCUUUUCUGGCUUGUUUAUUGUAUGAAAUAAUGAGGCUCUCCAUGGAAGGAUGAACACAUAUGAGUCAAGGGAUUGCAAUUCUCUCUGAUAGACUUAGUUUUCAGAUCUUGUAACUAUUGUAUAUGCAUUGAAGGGUGAUAUAUUUGCAUAUAAAAAUAAAUGCACCUGCUCUGGGAACUA